AUGGAUCAAGCGCAAUACGAUGCAAUCAAGGACAAUUGGGCGGAGGUGGAGGAUAGAGAUGGUGUUAGACUCAGCUGGAAUAUAAUACCAUCGUCGCGCAUGGAAGCGAAUAGACUGGUGGUACCACUGAGUGCUAUGCUCACGCCUCUCAAAGAACUCAACAAACCACUCCUGAACUAUGAGCCUGUCACUUGCAAGCCGCCUUGUCGAGCAGUGCUAAACCCAUUUGCGAAUGUGGAUGUCCGGGCGAAGAUAUGGAUCUGCCCUUUCUGUUUGCAGCGGAACCAACUACCUCGUCACUAUGGCGAUAUCAGCGCAGAGAACGUCCCUCCGGAGAUGCACAGCUUAAAUACCACCGUGGAAUACCAGCUUGCACGACCUGCGCCUGCCCCGCCGAUCUUUGUCUAUGUGGUCGAUACCGCGAUUGAGGAGGAUGGCUUGCAAGCCUUAAGGGAGACAUUGGUCAUGAGUCUGUCAUUGCUCCCAGCAAAUGCUCUGGUUGGACUCGUUACAUUUGGCACAAAUGUUGCUGUUCACGAAAUCGGAUAUACAGAGUGCCAGAAGUCAUACGUGUUCCGAGGGAGCAAAGACUACGCCGCAAAGCAGGUCCAAGAGAUGCUUGGGCUGGCAGCCCCAGGGUUGAGGCCCAAUAUCCCACCGCAGCAAGGGCGACCACCCCCACCGAUAGGCCCAGCGGCUCGUUUUCUGCUCCCUGUCCAGCAGGCUGAAUUUCAAAUCACGAAUGCCAUCGAGCAAUUGCAGAAAGACCCAUGGCCCGUUGCGAAUGAUCGACGGCCGCUCAGAUGCACCGGUGUCGCUUUGAACAUUGCAGUUGGUUUGCUGGAAACUUCAUUCCAGAACGCCGGAGCCAGAAUCAUGCUUUUUGCUGGAGGUCCGGCCACCGAAGGACCAGGUACGGUGGUUGGUCCCGAACUUCGCGAACCUAUCCGCUCGCAUCACGACAUCGACCGCGAUAACGUCAAGCACUUCAAGAAGGCCAUCAAAUUUUAUGAGAACCUAGCAAAGCGUACUGCUCAUAACGGCCAUAUCAUCGAUCUCUAUGUUGGUUGCCUUGACCAAGUGGGCCUUCUGGAGAUGAAGGGGUUGGCGAACUCCACAGGCGGCCACAUGGUCCUGACGGACAGCUUCACUUCAUCGCAAUUCAAACAGUCAUUUGUGCGAGUGUUCGACAAGGAUGAGAAUGACAAUCUGCUCAUGGGAUUUAAUGCAUCCCUGGAAGUUAUCACCACUAAGGAACUCAAGGUGACAGGCCUCAUUGGCCACGCAGUAUCCCAGAACAAGAAAUCAAGCUCCGUCGGUGAGACAGAGUGUGGUAUCGGUAAUACUUCCUUAUGGAAAAUGUGCGGCAUUGAUCCUACAUCCAGCUACGGCAUCUAUUUUGAGGUUGCCAACCAGGGAGGUCCAACGCCAGUGCAACAAGGUCCACAACGAGGGAUGAUGCAAUUCUUGACAUACUAUCAGCACUCUUCUGGCCAGUAUCACCUCCGUGUCACAACUGUAGCGCGAAAUUUGAGUGGUCCAGCAGGGGACCCGGCCCUGGCGCAAUCCUUUGAUCAAGAGGCAGCUGCUGUGCUUAUGGCCAGAAUUGCAGUCUUCAAAGCGGACGUUGACGAUGGUCCAGACGUCUUGCGUUGGGUCGACCGAAUGCUUAUUCGACUAUGUUCGCGAUUUGCAGACUACCGCAAGGACGAUCCGACAUCUUUCCGGCUCGACAAGAACUUCACCUUGUACCCUCAAUUCAUGUUUCACUUGCGCAGAUCCCAAUUCUUGCAAGUCUUCAACAACUCGCCGGACGAGACCGCAUUCUAUCGACAUGUCCUCAAUCAUGAAUAUGUGGGCGACUCGUUGAUCAUGAUACAACCAACUCUCGACUCCUAUGGUCUGGAACACGAAGGAGGCCAACCAGUCCUGCUCGACUCGGCGUCUAUCCAACCCCACACUAUCCUUCUCCUCGAUACAUUCUUCCAGAUUCUCAUCUAUCACGGCGAAACAAUUGCCGAGUGGCGCAAAGCCGGUUACCAAGACCAAGAAGGCUAUGAAAAUCUCCGAGCAUUGCUCGAGGCUCCGAAAGAAGAUGCCCGAGACUUGGUCCAAGACCGGUUCCCCCUACCAAGAUUCAUUAUCUGCGAUGCUGGAGGUUCCCAAGCUCGUUUCCUUUUGUCGAAGUUGAACCCUUCCACCACCCACGCAACAGGGGGAUAUGGAGGAGUCUCUCAGACCGCGCAAACAAUCUUCACUGAUGAUGUGUCGCUGCAGACUUUUAUGGACCAUCUUAUGAAGUAA